UGCAUCUGUUGACAACAAAAGGACACGUCGGCUGUAAUUAGUUCCCUACAUUAUUUAUUUGUUGUCAAUGCAACUCAACGGUUCUCUAUUUGACACAAAGAGAAAUAUACAGCGUAUUUACGUGAACUCACUAUGAGCGCAAACAUCUGUGACAGCCGACAGCUGUUUCAAGAAUUCAUGAGCAAAAUAGCUCCUGCUGUCACUUUCUCCUGCAUCUCCGGUACUGAGAUUUCAAGCACACCGCUCAAAUGAUUGAUUCUAUUUCAUUUGAAACAAGUGAAACGAUGCAAUAAAUGUUUUCUGCCACGGUUACAAUAACCAGCACCUGGCUAUAAAGGUCUCCGAUCCACUCUGUAAAUAAUUGAACAGCCUGUUAUGUGUAGCAGAUAGAGAGAGAGAGAGAGAGAGAGAGCGGGAGAAAAACAGAAAGGGCAAACCCCAAAGUUAAGCCACUGAAAAUAAAGACACAGUGCAGCUCAGAUCACAUACAUUUUAAUACCGGAGAAGGAGGCAAAUUAAAAAAAAAAUGAACUUCUGCCGUUAAAGACCUCAAAGUAAAAAUGUUUAUUCAAUAUGUUGUCACACCGCAGCUGAUAUAGAUCAACACCUUUCAGAGUUUAACACGUUGUUGCUGCCACACGCGGUGAUGUCAGCUCUCACGGCUCGCAGGGUUCACGCUGAAACAUUUCCUGUUAGGAGGCACCACCAUGUUUAAUGGAUGGAGGAGGGUGACAACAGAGCACUGCAGAUAUGAUACCAGAAUGAGUUCUCCUCAGUGGUAAUCAAAUAACAAAAAUAAUAGCUUUUAACUCUUGUCUGCAUAGUGUAACUGAUCCUCUCCACUCAGUGUGAGCUGGCACUUAUCAUAAUAAAUAAAAACAUUGUUAUAAUAAUAACAGUGAAUGUUUUGUUUGGCCCACAAUGCAGGUUAACUGGAUGUUUAUUUUUUCCAGUGCUGUAUACGCUCCUUCUGUAACCCCAUCCCCAUAACCCAAGCCUACCUCAAACGUCAGGCCACAAAUGACUUGUCAUUUAUUAAUAGCUCAACAUUUGCCUCGAAACCGUUUGAUGACAACACGGCACGCUGCCGGGGAAACACGCAGAGCUCUAUCUGUGGAUUCCCGGCCCCGGGUCUGUGGAUCACUCAAUGCUCCGUGACUCUAUUGUCGUCGUGUUCGUGGCCAUAAACACCGCAGCACGUGGCCUCCGUUAAAACUCCCCGCUGCGCCUCCACCGCGGACGGGUAGGUCAAAGCGGCGCUUCUCCUCUGAGCAGCGCGAGCCGCCGCGCGCGCGCGCACGGAUUGAACCGCGGACGUUGCCAUGGCUACACACGGGCCCAAUGGGAAGCUCGCGCCCGGACUGUUGGUGAAUGAAAAUAACAGAGGCCAUCUUGCACACGGCGCUACGGCAUCGGUUGUAAAUAAUAAAACGGCGGCGGGCAGGUUUCGGUGCGACGUUCGCUUGUAGAUAACGGAUAAAAAAAAACGAAAAAAAAGAAAGACACGCUGUGACUAACUUGUGCCGCGCGCCGCCUCUUCCUUCACCGCAUUGCUCUACGAGCCCCCCGCACCCCCCCCCCCCCUCCCCGGGACGGAGGGAGUUGUCUUAACGACUAGCGGACGACCGGACACCGGAGCAACCAAAAUAAAAAAAAACAGCGGGGCGGAAGGAACAGGUGUACGGUUUCAUCACACGGACACUGCGCUCGCCACCGAGCCGCCGCCGCAGCAGCUCCCGCCGGGUUGUGUCCUACGGUCGAGGACGUCCCGUCUUUCACCCAUGGAGAGGAGGCCGGUUACCGGGCGAUGUGUCGGGUCGAGUGAGGCGGCGGUCGCUGUGAGGCAUUAAACGGGGUAAGACCUGGGAAUAAAGCUUGACCCGGCGGGAAGGGAAGAAGAGAAGGAGGGAGGAAAAGGCGCGUGGGCUCACAGCUCACCUGUACCUGACUCUUCUUGGCAAGUCUCCAGCCUUUUGGUUUUAUGACGGAAAGUGUGUCCCCCUGCAGUAGAUCAGUAAGAAGUGCUCUCCAAUAUGAAUACAGACAGCGGAGGAUGCUCUCGCAAAAGCUCGGCCUUGUCACUCACGCUCUCUCCCAUGAAGAGGGUCCAGAGCUCGCCAAAUCUGGGCUCAGGGAGUGAUUCUCACUCAUCAGACUUGGAUUCUUGGCGGUCGCGCAGUGCAACAGAUGGCCUUAAGAAUGGAGACGCCAGCAGCUCAUCUCUUGCUGCCAAAGGUUUCCGCAGUGUCAGACCCAACCUGCAGGACAAAAAGUCUCCAACACAGGGCCCUCCCUCCCCUGACCCAACAGCGCGCCACUCCCCGUAUCGCUGCCGCAGCUCAGAGUCGCUCGACUGCAUGUCGGGCCUAAUGCCCAAGGCUCUGUCGCCCUGCCCGUACGUUCCUAGCGGAGCUGGCGCAGCCAGCAGGCCGGACCUCCCCGCGCUGAGCGGUGCGAGCAUCGGGGGCCGCGUGCCGUCCUCGGACUCCCCCGUGACGUCGUCAGCUCUGAGCCACUACUCGACGUCCACGGCGGGUCUGCUGGACGAGCUGCAGAUCUGUAGCCUGGACUCACCCGGCGCCUCGGCCACGCCGUCGCCCACCCUCAGCCUCGCCUCCGCCUACACAUCCACCGCUGGCCCCGACGAUGCGCUAACAGCCUUUGCGGCCUCCACCGCUGCAGCAGCCACUGUCACUAACGGCCAGGUCCUCUCUCACGCUAUGAAUGGAAGUGCUCCUCAGAGGCCCCUCUCUCCUCUCUCCUAUCCUCCUCCCCCCACCUCCCUCCACCCUGCGCUCCAGAGACACAACCGGGGUUCAGAGGGCAGCGAGUCCCUCACCAGAGAGUCCGUGGUGCUGGGCCACACCAGCGUCAGCGGCAUGGUGCCCAUCGCUCGCUUCACUGAGGAGGAGAAGAGGGUGUCCGUCAUCAAAGCCCCGCACUACGAAGGCAUCGGCCCCGUGGACGACUCCGGCAUCCCCAUCGCCAUCCGCACGACGGUGGAUAGGCCGAAGGAUUGGUACAAAACUAUGUUCAAGCAGAUCCACAAGGUUCACAAAGCCGAUGACGACUAUUCUGACACAUACAACGCAACGUAUGCGGUCAUAAACAGCGAUGACUACAGCCUCUCAUCCAACCCCACCAUGGCCCACCCAGCCCCCCGCACACAUACGUACAGGCCGCUGGCCAAGAGCCCCUCGGACAACGGAGGGCGUCUGGGCCCCCGUGAGCCUCCGCCGUCCCCUGUGCCUCCACCCCCUCCGCCCAUGCCAUCCCUCCUCCAGCUGAGGGCCAGAGACAGCGAUCGCGAGCGAGACUCGCCCGACGCGAAUGAAUGGGGUCCCCCCAACAGGAAGGUGGACACUCGAAAGUACCGCGCCGAGCCCAAGAGUAUUUUUGAGUAUGAGCCUGGAAGGUCUUCCAUUUUGGAGCAUGAAAGACCAACCUAUGAUGACAUAGAUUUAGAGAACGAGCCUUGGUAUAAGUUCUUUUCCGAGCUGGAGUUUGGGCGGCCGCCUCCUAAAAAACGGCUGGAUUAUAAUCCAGACAUCUCCGCUCGUCAACGUAUUGAGACGUCCCUGCACAUCGCUCCCGCUGACAAGGCUCCUGAGAGACCGGCGAGUGCUGCCAGCGACUACAGGAAGAGGAGGAAGUCCGAGCCCACGAGUUCCCAAGUCAAUGCUCCGUCUCAGAGCAGAGCGGCGACCUCCCCUAAACCAGUGGAUGCCUACAGACCCAGCAGCAGCCUAAAGAAACCAGUGGUUCAUUCCUCACCAUCCUCGCCCUCCAGAGCCAAAGGUGGGGCCGCAUGUAACAUGUAUUCAAACAGCUUGACCUCCCCAGGCCCUGACCAAGGCCCCGAUCUCCCCCCUUUACCCUCCGACCCCGUCCAUUGCCACGAGGAAGCCAGCUCCUCCUCCAAGCAGUCCGUCUGUGGUAAGAACAGCUGGCAGACGAAAUGCCAGGAAACCGAGACGUGGAGCAGCGCGGACGAGGUACCGCCCGUCCCCGGCAAGCUCAAGUCCCGCAGCUGCGAUGACUUGCUCAACGAAGGGCAUUCCGGCUCAGGCGGGCGCAACGCCACCCGCUCAGAAAGUGCCGGGUCCCUCGUCUGCGAUGGGAAUCCCCCGGGCGCUGCCGGGUCCGUCUCCGCCCGCUCGCUGCCUCGCCUCCACCGCCGGCGCGCGCACGACUCACCGGGCUUCCUCCAGCUCUACCGCAAGAUGCACCAGAUCGACCGAGCCCAUCUCAUCCCGUCGGAGGUCAUCCGCUCGGUCCGCGCCCGCAUCCUGGAGCUGGAGCGCCAGCCUCACCUGCACCGCCACCGCCUCUCUCCUUGGACGCCCUCUUGGGGCAUGGAGGUGCCGCGCGACAUGGUGCCGAGCCGCAUUUCCACCUACGAGAGUCUUAUUUCAAAGUCCAAGUCCAUGCCUAACCUGGGUGAUAGUGAGGUGCCUUCCGGCGCCACCACCCCGGGCGGAUCGUCAUCUCGGGCCAGCAGCGGGGGCGUCGCCACGCCCAGUUUUCCCAAGCGGCGUUUUUCCAUCGAGUCUUUAUUGGAGGAAGACGGCAACGACGGAGCAGCACCUCACACCAUGGACCAGCGGCAUCGACCCCGCAGCCCGCCCGAGGGUCAGCCUCGAGUCGGGCCGGAGCCCAGCCGCGUGCGCUCCUUCCCCGCUCCUCCCGUCCCACAAGGCCCGCGAGCCGACCACGACUACUCCGACAGCGAGCAGGACGCCGUCGCGUCCGACCUCAGCGACUUCAUCCAGGUGGAGGGCUCCUCGUUCUGCAGCGAGAGCGACUUUGACCACUGCUCACUGACCUCCUCCGAGAGCCUGUACGGCUCCUCCAACCUUCACCACCACCACCUGCGUCAUCAGCACCGCCACCACCACCACCACCACCACCACCCUGCUCACCAAAGUGUAGGCCAGAGCCAGGGCUACCAACACCGCCACCUCAUCAGCUCGUGCAAAGGCCGCUGCCCGGCCUCUUAUACCCGCUUCACCACCAUGCUUCGCCACGAGAGAGAGCGAGCGCGACAGCAGCACCAGAGGCCCCCGCUCCAGAGCGCCCAGUCCCAGCAGUCCAUGUCCAAGCUGGCCUUCCUGGUCAGCCCAGUGCCUUUCCGCAGGAAAAAGGGCUCCCCGCCCACCUCCAGAAGAAGCAGCGGCGGCGCAGAUGGAGGAGGGCGACCCAAGUCCAAACAGGCCAUUUACGAAGCGCUAGACGCGGCCCUGAGAGACAUAUACGAGCACAUUCAAGCGGAGCGAGGCCACAGAGGAAGCAGGGCACCGGACGACAGCAUCCUGAGGAGAAUUCUCGCCGAACUGCUGCCAAACGUGCCUGAGCGAAGCUCCUCGUUGCGUGGCGGGAGAGGGUGUUGGCAGGGGGGUCAGUCCUCCGCAUCUUUGUACCCAGACGGGAGCCCCACCGAAUAUGCCUCGCAGAGAGGGGACACCUCCACGCCGCGGCUGCAGUCGCCGCUCGGUUACGGACGCCACUCAGACAGCUCAAACAAUAACGAAUAUGGAGAGGAGCAGGGCAAUGGGAACGGUCUCUGUUAUUCAGACCAGGAUGUCUCCAGAUGUUAUUCCACCAUGGACGGACGCCACACCCCCCAGAGCAGAAGGCCUACGACUGACCGAGAGGUCUCCCAUAAACAGAUGACACAACUUAUUCUGUUCUCUCUCCUCCAUCAGAAACAGCCUGCGAGAGCCAUUUAUGAUUUUAAGGCACAAACGGCUAAGGAGCUGACAUUUAAGAAGGGUGACGCGGUGAACAUCAUCCGGCAGAUAGACAACAACUGGUAUGAAGGAGAGCACCGCGGGCGCGUCGGGAUAUUACCCAUUUCCUACGUGGAGAGGAUGCCGUCGUCAGAGAAGCAGCAGCCGAUUCGUCCUCCUCCGCCCGCACACGUGAGAGAGAUCGGAGAGGGAGUGGCUCGCUACAACUUCAAUGCCGACACCAAUGUGGAGCUGUCGCUAAGAAAGGGCGAGAGAGUAGUUGUGAUAAGGCAGGUGGACCAGAACUGGUACGAGGGGAAGAUCCCGGACACAACCAAACAGGGCAUCUUUCCUGUGUCAUACAUUGACAUCAUCAAGCGCACCACGGCCAAGAGUUCCAGCCACCACAUAGACCCACACGGUUACCCUGGCAACCGGACACCAAGCUCUACACCCAUCAAGCCUUUCUGCCACCUCCCUCCGCCCUCCGCCACUCGUGACCUCCCCUCCCGUCGCCCCCCGUUGAGAAGGCUUGACCUGCGAGCUAUCACCAGCGAGUGGCUGUCACUCACUUUGGAACCGGCUCGCUCCCUCACGACCACCCCUGUACCGCCCACGCCGCCCCCCCUCCCCACUGGCCUUGCAUCUUUCCUGAAGGCAGAGGAACCCGAGGCCCCCUCGCCUGCACAACCAAAGACAGAGUCUGCUCUGACGCACCAGAGAAUUCACACAACUCCUGCAGGGAGACUCACUUUAGGGCACGCCCCUUUCUCUCCACUGCCUCCUGCCUCUCCUCCUCUUCCUCCUCCCCCUGCCGUUCCACAUCCCUCAUUUGCCUCGCCACUGCCUGACUCGUUACUGCAAUACAACAGUGUCAAAGCUCAGCCAUUACACAUUUUGCAGCCAGAGAAGUUGCCCCUCACUAUGCCAGAGCCACUAACCUCCCCCACACCGGCUCCUCUGCAGGACAAGUCGUAUCCGGAAGUCGACAAAAGCAGCAAAGUCCCCGAUGUUAAGCAGCAGGUAAAGGACCCCUAUGACGAGCUGCUGUCCAUGAUUCUGGAUGGUUCCACCAGCUCAGACUUUCCAAGACUGUCCCCCGCAGCCAGGCCAACCGGUGAACCCCAGAGCAGGUUUAAGCUAAAAGCCGAGGGGUCUGGCGUCGGCUUGGAGGUGCAGUUCCACCGGCCUGUAACCGUGGACACCAUCACGCGGGGAGGGCAGGCAGGAAGUGAGCGACCAGUCGAGCCUCAGAGGCCACCAUCGGUGAAAGGAAGGGGAUACACCGAGUUGUUCAUUGAGGAAGACGAUGACGCUAGAGAGGACAUGGGCCAGGAAGUCAAAGGUUUAAAUGGAGGACUCGGCCCACAGGCUGAUGUCUCUCCCUCCACUUUGACACGGCUCCCCCCCUCCGGCCUCCCCCCCCCCUCAGUAACUGCACCCCAACCCUCUUUACCUCCGCCUCCUCCAUCCUAUCCUCCUUUUACUCCGUCUUUAACUCCUCUUUCUACGUCUUCUUUUACUCCAUCUUUCAUUUCAACUUUUAUUCCUAUUUCCUCUUUGUCUUCUUUUAUUCCUUCUUCGUCCUCUUGCUCACAGCCCGAGCAGCAGCCUCCUAGCCCCGCCCCUCCCACGCCCCCCGUCUCCCCCCGUCCCCCGUCCCGUCCUCGCCUCAUGACGUCGGAGCUUUCUUCGGUCUCGGCGCCGUCCUCGCCUCCCCCCCCCCUGCUGCGCUCCCCUCCCCCUCCUCCACAGCUGCCUGUCACUCGCCCUCCGAGCUUACUCUGCUUUUCUCACCUGGUUGCAUCCAUCCCCGCCCUGAGCCCCCCUAAGCCCGCCUCUCCUCCCCUCGCCACUCCACGCUCUCCUCCCACUGCGCCCCGUCCAGGAUGUAGGUCCCCCAAGGUGAAGCAGGAUCCAGUUGUCGGUGGCAAACCCCCUCGUAGCCCCAUCUUGUCCCGGAGGUCCUAUCUGUCCUCGGUUAGAGGUCGCAGGCGAUUGGUGCAGGAUGCUCUCCAUGGGGGAGGAGAUCCGUACCAGGCCGUGUACAACUACCUGCCUCGCAACGAGGACGAGCUGGAGCUGAAGGAGGGCGACGUUGUAGAUGUGAUGGAGAAGUGUGACGAUGGCUGGUUCGUCGGGACCUCUCGACACAGCAAGUUGUUUGGAACCUUCCCAGGAAACUACGUGAAACAGCUAUAAAGAUGAUUCCAGCCCCCCCCUCCGCCCCUUCUCCCCCUGAGCCCGCCCCUUUCUGUGACAACUUGUUCGCCCUCAGCACAGCAGCCGCAGGACGCCACCGCACCAGAGACCUGCCACACGUUUAUGCGCGCGCGUGUGUGUGUGUGUGUGUGCGGCUCGUCAGCUUCACGCAGACACAACCCCUGAGCUCUAACUAGCCAUCUCUAAUGGAAGACUUCAUUCAAAUAAUGAUGUUGUUUUUAAUUUUUUUCUAUCACGGAGAAGCCAAACUUUGUGCUGGAGUCAGCGACCGUUACCUUCGGGCCGUGAUGGAAGCACGUCGAAAGGAACUUUGCGAACAGUCGAUGACAGAAAACGUGCUUUUCUUUCUACUAAAGGGCAGUAAGAUCACCACGAUCACCUUUUUAUGUUUAGUUUGUUCUUAAAAACACUUGUUACAUUUCAUUUCAGUGUUCGGUUACAAAGAAAGAAACAGUGUUCUGUCAGCACGUCUGUUGCGUUGAGGGGAUUGAGGCCACGCAGACGAUGUUUCAGGUGAAAGGGUGCGACGUCCCGCGCGUCCACGUGGGAAAGACGGCGCAUGUAUCGAGUCUGUGUGUCGCCCAAUGUAUUGAUUGGCUCAUGAGAAUGUGAUAAAUGAAAAACGAUCCAGCAAUCAUUUCAAAUAUUGCGAAUGUGUGUGUAAAGUACCGUUGCCUCUUGCCCCCUGCUGUCGAAACCUGAUGUGGCAGCUUUUUAGGAUCAGGAAAACUAAAAUGUUCUCCACCUUGUUGGUUCUUCAUCUUCACACUUAGGAUUGAUGCACUUUAACCAAACUUUUAACACAAUUUAGAGUUUGUUUUAUCUCAAAUUUCCCUGCAGAUUCCACAGCGUAGUUUGAGCAGCGCGUGGAGCGAGGUGACCGACCUGUUAGGUAUUAUAUUUAUUAGAGGACAAGUGCUGGGCGAACUGUGUUAUAAGACGAUUGUAGGAAGCACGGAACGACGCCGCGCUCUUCUAACACCACACAUCCAGAGGCCAGAAAGCUCCACUAACAACACAAUGCUUCUCUUUUUUUAUGCUAUUUAAGUCAAUGCAGGAUGGGAUGAGACUUUAUCAAAGACGUGAGUCAUGUGACUGCGGUCUGUCCACUAGACGUUGGUGGUGUCUUUGGUCCGGCGCUUCACGGCUUCAUGUCAUUUGCUACUACAUGAAAUAAGUAUCCGCCCUCUUGACCCGCCAUGCUCAGCGAACAGGAGUUGUGUUUUUAUCUUUUUUCAUUUCACUGAAAACAAAAACAAACUGUCAAAGCACCUUAAGAUAUAUUUUGUUUUUAUCAUUCACCGUCCUUCACGUCACCCCAUCACCCACGACUUCAGUAGGUGUGAGGGCACUUUGUGUGUGUGUGUGUCUGUGGUGUUUUUGUAAGCCUUUUGUAUGAGAGCUGUAUAAUGGCCAACAUCCACUUGCUUUAUAAAAGUCAGCAUUUUCUCACCCAGCAUCAUAUUUGGUUUCCUCGCUUUCUUUCUUCACAUUCUUCAUCCGUGGUGCUAAUUCUCCACAUUUUACAGUUAUUCUCGUAGCCGGGCACGUAGGCCUUCCUUCCUUUUCCUUCUGUGUCGUUUUAAAAGCCAGUGGCAUAUUUAAACUGAAGUUACUGUAGUAAGUAAGUAGAGUUGGUGAUUGCUGCCUUACGUCCAACUCACUAAUAUACUAGCCAUGUAUAUGUUAACCUCUUCUGUGAUGCAAAAAAAACUAAUUUAGGCAAAUAUAGUGUAGAAAACAUCAGGAACGUGUGCACAGGGUGAUCAGCGACUGCAGUGUUGAAACAAGCCCUUUGAUACCACGUUUCAGAA